UUCUCCGCUGCUCACGAUGCUACCCUGAGCUGCUGAAACUCAUGCCACGUUUGCGGGCGGGAAUGAGGCACAACACUGCAAAAAGAAAGCACCAGUAUUUUGGAAUCAUUACAGGAAGGAAAACAAAUUCUUCUUAUCCCUCAAGCUACAAUGGCUUCACACAGCAAUCAGAGCAACACAAUGCCCCUUUCCGAAAAGUUACCACCAGAGAGCUGGGACCUACUGUAUAACUCUUUUCUAGUGUGAGCAGUUCCACUGACUUCAAAGGAAUUAGACCCUUAAUAGACCCUACUGAUGAUGAUCACUGGGUUUUUUUUAGAAAAUAAAUCCUUUAUGUGCAGCCAAUCUUUUUUUUUUUUUUUAAUUGGCCUCCCUCCCCCACCUCUGGAGAGUGGAUGAUUUAAGGCAGUCUGCAGAUCCAGCUAUCGCAUCCCAUUCAAGUAGCAUCUAGCACCAAUACCAUUUGUUUGGUGAUUUGGGAACCUGGUGGAAUCUGAAUACAAAUAAAACCGACUGUUCAUAGGAGAGAUGUGAAGAUGAAUGAAUGUACUGAAGUUCUUGAAGCAAUAGAAAAUGUUAUGCAGGAUAUAGUUACAAGUUUGGCCAGAAAUGAAGCACCUGUUCUCAUCCUGGAAAACAGAUCAGAUUGGGGAAAUAUACAGUUUACAGAGUCCAUAGGGCUACAAAUGAUAUCUCAUUGUACUACAAGAAAAAUAAGAAGUGACUGCCCUAAAUCAGCGCCAAAAUUUGCUCUAAUUCUUAAAAUAUUAUCCAUGAUCUAUAAGAUGGUACAGAACAAUACUUACGCAACUAAAAGAGAUAUAUAUUACACUGAUCCCCAACUAUUUGGUAACCAGAGUAUUGUGGAUAAUAUCGUCAAUGACAUUUCCUGCAUGCUAAAGAUACCGAGAAGAAGUCUACAUAUAAUGUCUACAACUAAAGGUUGCAUUGCUGGUAACUUAAGUUAUACUGAGGAAGAUGGAACAAAAGUGAAUUGUACCUGCAGUGCAACAGCAGUCACUGUGCCGUCUAAUGUUCAAGGAAUUAGAAAUUUGAUCUCAGAUGCAAAAUUUAUACUAAUUGUAGAAAAAGAUGCCACUUUUCAGAGGCUCCUGGAUGAUGACUUCUGCAAUAAACUGUCCCCGUGCAUAAUGAUUACGGGAAAAGGAGUCCCAGAUCUGAACACAAGGCUUCUGGUCAGAAAGCUGUGGGAUACAUUUCAAACUCCCAUUUUCACUCUUAUGGAUGCAGAUCCACAUGGUAUAGAAAUAAUGUGCAUCUACAAGUAUGGAUCUUUGUCAAUGUCUUUUGAAGCCCACCAUCUCACAAUUCCAGCUAUAAGGUGGCUUGGUCUCCUUCCAUCUGAUAUUGAAAGAUUAAAUAUACGGAAAGAUGCUUUAAUUCCACUUACUAAACGAGAUCAAAAUAAACUAGACAGUAUGCAGAAGAGACCAUAUGUUGCUUGCCAACCACAGUGGAAAAAAGAAAUGGAAAUUAUGGCAGCAUCUAAAAUGAAGGCUGAAAUUCAAGCUUUGACUUCUCUUUCAUCAGAUUAUCUAUCUAGAGUUUAUUUACCAAAUAAAUUGAGAUUUGGUGGAUGGAUCUGAAUAUUUGUUUGUAAACCAGCUAUUUUCAAAAGUUGAUUUAUUUUGGAGCUAAUAUACAAAAGAUGCAGAAAUUUGCAAUUUUGUGGCAAUCAUAUUCAAAUCAGAAGAGAUUCAGCUCCUUGUUUACUUAAAGAAGAUUGUUCCUUUUAUUUUUGUCUAUUCUUUUGUAACCAUAAUUCCAACUCUAGAUGAGUUAUACUUAAAAUAGAUGUCGAUUUAAUAUUUUGGUGAUUUUUUUUUUGCUGAUUUUAGUGAAAUAAAGUUUCGUUUGUAGUUUAAAACUU